CAAACGUGGACUAAACUUGAGGAAGGAGAUGGCGGAGGGUCUGAAGCUACCUAUCAUAGACUUGUCCUCACCGGACCGCACCUCCUCCGCCAGAUUAAUCCGUCAGGCUUGCAUGGAGUGUGGUUUCUUUUACUUGGUGAAUCAUGGUGUUGAGGAAGAGUUACUUGGCCGAGUGUUUGAUCAGAGCAGUAAGUUUUUUUCACUUCCUUUGGAAGUUAAGUCCAAAUUGGCGCGCAAACAAAACAGAGGCUACACAGCGCUCUUUGCUGAGAACCUUGACCCCACUGCCAGCUCCAAAGGUGAUUCAAAAGAGAGUUUUUACAUUGGCCCUUUAGAAGACGCAACUCAAAAUAAGUUGAAUCAAUGGCCUUCAGAAGAUAUCCUUCCAUCCUGGAGACCUACAAUGGAAUCCUACUAUAAAAAAGUUCUUUCAACUGGGAAAAGAUUAUUAUCUCUGAUUGCCCUGGCUUUGAACCUGGAUGAGGAUUUUUUUGAGAAAGUGGGGGGUCUGAAUAAACACACAGCACUUCUUCGCCUUUUGCACUACCCAGGUCAACUGGGAUCAUCUGAUGAAGAAGUACUUGGUGCUUCUGCUCAUUCAGAUUAUGGAACAGUCACACUCCUGGCAUCCAAUGGUGUCCCAGGACUUCAGGUUUGUAGGGAAAAAUCUAAGCAACCACGGGUUUGGGAAGACGUUAUUCACAUAGAUGGAGCAUUCAUUGUUAACAUUGGGGAUUUGAUGGAGAGGUGGACUAAUUGUUUGUUCCAGUCAACGGUGCACAGAGUUAUACCAGCAGGACAAGAACGCUACUCUGUGGCUUUCUUCUUAGACCCCAAUGAAGACUCUCUGGUAGAAUGCCUGGCAAGUUGUUGCAAUGAAUCAUUGCCGCCAAGGUGUAACAACUAUCCAUUGCAAGGAAUUCGGACCUUACAGAUAAAUGCUCAAUACCCAAGUAGGCUUACAACGUUGAUUAUAAUCAAGUGCUUUAUGGGUCGUCUCAGACCUUGCAAUUGGUGGACCAUGUUAGUGAAGUUACCAUUCAAUAGAGUUCUAGUUCUUUUUUCGACUAAACCAAGAAACAGAUACUAUACCUCUAAUUUAAGUGAUACUAAAUCUCUGUUACAAGUUACAACGAACUAGUUAUGCAUAUGUUAGAGUUGUUUUCAUGGCUUUGUUGCUGCAAUCUAAGUUGAAAGGUUUUCAGCUAUUUUCUUUAGUUCAGAUGUUAGCUUAUUUCGAUAUCGAUAUUAGAACAUGACGGAAAGCUUUCCUCAAAAUUAUUUUGGUUGUAAAUGUCAUUAAAUAAGAACUACAUACUUACUUUUUUUUUUCUUUUUCCCUUUUGCUUCUCCCAUUUGGUUUUUUCUAAUUCAGUUGCAUUGGAGAUGUGAUAUCUAACAAGUUUUU